AUGGGCAAUUUCUGGGCCCAACCACAGCACGCCGACGCUGACGCCGACGCCGACUCCGACGCCGACAGCCCCCAGAGCGUCGUUAUCCUCGGCGCCGGCAUCAUUGGCCUGGUUACCGCCUACAGUCUGCUCACCGAGUGGGAGACGCUCGUGCUGGCCGGCGACCCGGCUGCCCAGGCCCGUCCUCGCCCCGAAGUCGUCAUUGUCGAGCCGUCGAAGCGCUGGAGUCCCGCCGCCUCAAGCCAAGCGACCGGCGGCCUCGGCGACUUUGGCUUCGCGCCUGAGACGACGCCGCUGGGCAUGCUGUCGUUCCGCCUGCUUGCCGACCUCGCUCGCCAGGCCAAUGGCAAAGAAGGCUAUCAAUUCACCCAACAGACCAUCUUCCGCGUCACACCAAAGGAUUUCACUGGCGUUCCCAGUCCCCCAGACACUUGGGGGCCGUCUCCGCCCGUCCAUGUCCCGCUGUCGAGCCUCCCGAGCUGGUUCAAGACUGAGUCUGACUGGACCGCCCAUAGACUCGCUACAGCACCUCAUGGCGCUCAUCUCGACCCCGCACAGUUUUGUGCCUUCAUGUACGAGCGCUGCAAACAACUAAAAGUCCAAUUCGCCUUCGGCUCCGAAGUCACCUCAGUAAGUGUGGACGAAGCCUCGCAGCGCUUCAAAAGUGUUGAGCUCCAAGAGUUGGGUGGUGCAAGCCGCACAGUCCCUUGUCAGACUCUCGUGAUUGCUGCUGGACCAUGGUCCGACCGUGUCUUCUCUCGCCUGUUUCCCUUGGCCCAAACCAGUGUGCCCUUCGACGUCUCCGGCUCCGCGGGUAAUCACUUCCGCGUCCGCACGCCCGGAUGGAAACCCUCGGACGACGAAAAGGGCAGCGAACAGGUCUUCCUUGGCAGCGUCAUCCCGGGUGAUCACAGCCUCGACAUCACCAGCUUUCCCGGUGGCACCCUGUACAUUGGUGGGUAUGGAGCGAUUCCAGAGCUGCUCCCAGAAUACGCCGACUUCGUCAAGCCGCAGCCAACCCAGAUCGAGGCUAUGCUUGAGCUGACCCGCAAGUACCUUGGCCUUCCGCCCGACGAAGUGCUCGAGAUAUUGGACCUUGGCCGCGCCUAUCGUCCGCGGGCCGUGCCAAACCACCCCAUCAUCACCAAGGUCGACUGGGGCUUGCUUGGCAUAGAAGGCUCCACGAACAACCCAUUCGAAUCCCAACUCCCGAUUGCUACGUCAGAAAAACCUUCAGCCGGCUGCGCAUCCGUUGUAGGCGGCCUGUUCGUCAAUACCGGCCACCACAGUGACGGCUUGACGCUAUCGCUUGGAAGCGGUAAGGUCAUGGGCGAGCUACUCCUGGGACAAGAGCCUUCAGUCGACAUCUCCGGUCUCGGUUUACCGCAGAACUAG